AUGGCGGAUUCCUUCACCCUUAGUAGCCCUACUUCGGGAUUAGUUCUCCUAGAAAUUGAGCUCUCUACCAUCUUGAUAUUCUUAACAGGGACGUUAGUGGCAGGAAAGGGGAAAUGCUACUAUAAAAUAUUCGCGCUUGCUGGCUCGUCAUAUUGUUAUCCAUUGUUCUCGGGUGAUCGAGUUAGGCGGCGUUAUGUUAGCUAA